UGUAAUAAUAACAAUCCUUUACAAAAAUGCCAAUUUGGUGCCCAAUGUAUUUUGUUAAUGGAAGAAGCAAGUGCUUUUUGUGUUUGUGUCGAUUCUACCGGUGGAGAGAUGGUAACUAAUUCGAAUGGGUUUUGUACUCCCAGACUUUUAUCGGACGCUGUUGAUAAACGUUCUUUUGGUUCUCCUUGUCAUCCAAUAGACAGACCAUGCAUUGAAGGCUUAUGCCGUUCUGGAUUUUGUUUAAAAAUACAAAAUGGAUAUUCUAAUAAUAAAAGAGGAAUGACUUUACUUUCUCAUAACGAACUUGGAGAUGAUUCUGAAAGGAAAAAGAAAAAUUCUGAAAAUAAUGUAUCGAGGGAAACUAAAUUCUUUGCAAGUGGACGAGCUAAUAAUUUUAAAAAAUUAGUUGGAGAGCAAUGCCAAGCACAUUUUGAAUGUGAACCUCCAUCCUUAUGUUUAUUAAAUCGUUGUGGCUGUCCCCCCGGAACAUUUUCACAACCUGACCACGCUGUUUGUGCUUUUCUUCCGCCACAAGACGAAAAAAGAAAUAAUCUCAUAAAUAAAUGA